GACGAAAGAUGGAUCACCAUUUUGGUGGAGGGAAUUGGAUGAUGGUUCCAACACAAAACUCGAUUCCGCAAGACCAUAGCUCUCUCCAAUCGCAGUAUUACCAGCAACAACAACAUCAAUUACAACAAAAUCAGUUAAAUCAACAACUCCAGCAGCAGCAACAACAACAACAACAUGACCACGAUGAACUACAAUCACUGACUUCUCAUUUCCAUCUUCUUCAUGUAAAGACGGAUCACCAUUUUGGUGGAGGGAAUUGGAUGAUGGUUCCAACACAAAACUCGAUUCCGCAAGACCAUAGCUCUCUCCAAUCGCAGUAUUACCAGCAACAACAACAUCAAUUACAACAACAUCAGUUAAAUCAACAACUCCAACAGCAGCAACAACAACAACAACAUGACCACGAUGAACUACAAUCACUGACUUCUCAUUUCCAUCUUCUUCAUGUAAAGACGGAUCACCAUUUUGGUGGAGGGAAUUGGAUGAUGGUUCCAACACAAAACUCGAUUCCGCAAGACCAUAGCUCUCUCCAAUCGCAGUAUUACCAGCAACAACAACAUCAAUUACAACAACAUCAGUUAAAUCAACAACUCCAACAGCAGCAACAACAACAACAACAUGACCACGAUGAACUACAAUCACUGACUUCUCAUUUCCAUCUUCUUCAUUUGGCUGAAAGCAUGGCUGAAGCAGUUGAAAGUGGAACUACAGAUCAGUACUCAGAAGCUUUGGACAAUGAAUUGAACAACAAUUUUGAGAAGUGUCAACAAUUGCUGAACGCCAUCUCAGCUUCUUUUACCACAAAAACUAUGACAGUUGAAGGACUGAAACGUAAAUUUGAGGAGGCUGUGCAGCUUCUCGAUCAAAAAUUGGAAUUGACUGCCAAAUAUAGAAGAUGUAUUGAUGCAGAUCUUAACAUGUAGUCCUGUAGGUACUUUUAUAUGAUUUUUUUUUUUUUUUUU